AUGUCUGAGUACGACGAUAUAGCCCGCGGCGAGGAUGUGGUACCUGAUGAUCCUGCGAACUUGCCUCCGCCAGACGCAGAAGGUCUAGACAAUCCAGAUGAGCUAGAAGACACCCUCGACGAUACAGCCGACGCAUUCAAUAACGAUGUCGCUGAUGAUGAAGACAAGGCAGCUGAUAGCGACGAUGAGUCUCUGUUGUCGGACGUGGAUGAAGCAGUGCUUGAGUGGAACGAGGAAAAACUAGACAUUGCACCAGAUUUCGACCAACUGCGAAACACCAAGAUCAAGAAGCGGAAGCGGGACGAAGGUGACGAGGGUCGACCGAAGAAGAAGGAAAGAACGAGAGAGAGGGCAAGAAGACCAAGGGGUGAGGAGGGCGCUGGUGGUGAGGCGGAGGGUGAGCCUGGCAGGCGGCGCAAACCAGGCGUUGGCGGAGAGAGGAAGCCGAGAGAGCGAGUCGAGAUUGAUGAAGAGACACUUGCUCCGGAAGAACGAAGAAGACGUGCUCUGGAUCGAGCCAUGGAUGCCGCCGUCAAGAAAUCCAGUGGUGUUCGAAAGCGCAAGGGAGAGAUCGAUCUCGAACAAAUGGCCGACGAAGAGAUCAACGAGCUCAAGGAUCGAAUGGUCAAAGCAGCAAUGGCGGAUGGAGAACUAGUCUCAGACGGCAAACCUGCCUUCCAGAAACUUAAGCUUCUCCCAGAAGUCGUUGGCAUCCUAAACAACAAUACCUACAGACAAGCCAUCCUUGACCCAGAGACGAAUUUCCUCGAACCAGUCCGUUUCUUCCUCGAACCACUCUCAGACGGCAGUUUACCAGCCUUCAACAUCCAGCGCGAGAUAUUUCAGGCCCUCGAAAGACUACCCAUGACCAAAGAAGCACUUAUCUCAUCUGGCAUCGGCAAGGUUGUCUUCUUUUAUCGCAAGAGCAAGCGAGUCGACGAACGAAUCAAGCGACAGGCCACGAAACUGAUGGAAGAGUGGUCACGACCUAUCCUGCAGAGAAGCGACGACUUUACCAAGAAGAAUUGGGAGACUGUUGCAUACGACCCGACACGACGAGCACAAGCCACAGCCAAGGCAUCGCAGGUGACCAGAAAGGCUGGUACGGGUCUGGCACCGGGCACCAAGGUCACCAACAGAGCGAGGAUGAUACCGGGUGUGACGAGUUAUUCUAUCGUGCCGCAGGUGUCGCAAUUACCGCGAAGAUAG